AUGACUUCAGCGGCGCCCGUCCCGACGACGGCCACAUCCAACCCGCUCCUGACCUCGGUCAUGGCCGCCAUGCACGACAUUGCGCCCCUCUCCCUGGCCGACGCAUCGUGGGACAACGUCGGCCUUCUGCUCGAGUCGCCCACACCGCCUUCCUCCACCAGCGCCACGGCGGCGCCACAGUCAGCGGCAGCGCCAGGCCACGAGGCAAACGGCGUCAUGCUCGGCAUAGACCUGACGACGCAGGUGUGCGACGAAAUCGUCUCAACGCACAACCAAGGGCAGCCGCGCAUCGGCGUGGCCGUCAUCUACCACCCGCUCAUCUUCCGCGGCCUCAAGUCGAUCACGUACAACGACCCGCAGCAGGCUUCCAUCCUACGCCUGCUCCAGCACGGCGUGAGCCUCUAUUGCCCGCACACCAGCCUCGACGCCGCCGCAGGCGGUAUAAACGACUGGCUCGCCGUCGUCGUAUCCCACGACUCGAUGCCCGACCUCGGCGGACAAGAGGGACACAGGAUCCUCACCACCGGAAACUGGCAGCCCAUCGUGCCCUCCAAGGAAAAGGACACCAACGGGCAGUCGGGCGCAGGCAUGGGCAGGCUCGUCACCCUCGACCGCGAAAUCACCUUUGAGCAGGCAGUCGACAGAGUUAAGGCCAACCUGCAGCUCGAUCACGUACAAGGCUGCCCGAGCGGCAAGGCCAUCAAGACCAUCGGCGUCUGCGCCGGCUCGGGUUCGUCGGUCUUCAGAGGCGUCAAAGCGGAUCUGCUAUUGACCGGAGAGCUUUCGCAUCACGAGGUCCUCGCCUACAAGGCGGCCGGCACUUCAGUCAUUGUCACCAACCACACAAACACAGAGCGCAAGUACCUCCGCGACGUCCUCCAGCAUCGCCUGCGGGACCGCCUCCCAAAGGACGCGACGGUCCUCAUCUCCAAGAUGGACCAAGACCCGCUCCACACCUUUUAG